AUGCGGUUCCUCAGUCUCUCUUUCAUGCUUGCCUUUGCGGUGUCUGUGUUGGCCCUCACCAUCACUGAACCCAACAACAACGACCAGGUGGACCUCAGCCAGCCCUACACCGUCAAAUGGACCACCGUUGGCUCCGAUCCCAAUAACUUCACUCUUGUCCUCGUCAACAGCGUCGGCCACAACAUCCAAAAGACCAUCGCUGAGAUGGUCCAGAGCUCUAAGAGCGAAUACACCAUUGACAAAGUCUGGGGGAUUCCUGUUGCAAACGGCUACCAAUUCAACUUCCUCUCCGCGCAGAAGGAAAACACCGGAAUCCUCGCUCAAUCCUCCCAGUUCAACGUGACCAAGGUGGGCGAGGCUCCCAAGUCGCAUACCGCCACUGCCACUGCCACUGCAACCCACACAGCCUCCACAUCUACACCAACAAGCGCGGCGUCCAAGGUCCUCACC